GUUGUGUAAAUAAAUAGACUUAUCUUUAUUUUUUUUGCUUGUCCAAGUUUUCGACGCGUGUCUUCAAAUGUCUUCCUGUUGCCAUCUUGGGUUCAUUUCUUUUCACGUGUUCUAACUUCAACUUCGCCACGAUUUGUUCACAUGGAGCUACAAAUCAAUGAAGAUACGGGUCGUUUCAUCUUGGACCCGGUCAAGGUUCUGCCGCAGAGUUUGUACGAUGCUAGCAGAGCGCAGACUGCACACCAUAUAAAGUGGAUUCUAAAUUGUGCCUACCCCGAGGGUCUGCCUGACUCAUUUGGGACUCCAUUCUACAUAGGCAAUGACAGUCGAUUGGUGCUAUCGCCCCAUGUCAUCUCCAGUCUAGUCUCCUGCCAAGUGUACCAUCUGGCCUGCAGUAACAUCUUCGCCAGCUGUGAUGCCCAGGAGUGGAGUUGCAACCACACCGCAAUCCUCACCCAACUUGCAUCCAAGUGGAGCAUAUACCCCAUGGAGCAGAGUAGUCAACUGCAGCUCAAUUCAGAAGGGGAUGCAAAGGCAGCCGUUGGGGCUGCGAGUGGGGCUCAUUUGGAAGGGGCUGCUGGUAUGAUGGGGGCACCUCUAACUGAGCAACUGCUGUCGCAGACACUACCAUUCAGAUUGGCCAGCCACGUGGCCCUGAUCGAGUCACUAAUCAUGGCCAGGUGCAUCAUCCUCAGUCCCAUCAGCAGAGUGGUGGCCCAGACGAAGACACUCUUCCAAAAAGAAUGUCCCGAGGAGUUCGCCACCGGGAUUGAGGAGAUGCUUCCCUAUGACAUCGAGGAUGCUCUGUUGUUCUGGAUGAACCACUGUUUGAUCUGCUUGAAGAAACGAAAUCCAUCGGCUAAGGCUCUGGAGGAAGUGAUGGAACUGUUUGACCUUGUGGAGGCAUGUGAUGGUCUGGUCAUAGCAGCUGUCAUGGCUCUAUUUUCUCCUCGCUUACUACCUGUCCAAAGAUUAUCCGAGCAAAAUCACUCAAUGUCGGCUCCUUCAGAAUCACUCGCAAUCAACUGUAUCUACAACAUCCAAAUUGUGCAAAUGUACUGCAAACUGCUUCAAUCAAAUCCCACACGUCUAUUCACGGGCUCUUUGUCCAACUCACUAACCGCAAGUUCAGUUAAUAUUUUGCACCUCGAACUGGAAGAUUUCCUAUAUCCUAACAAGCUCACUAAAUCUGCAUUUGUGCUUUUUAUGGCAGAGUUAUUUCAUAUUUUUUCAACGGCAUAUGAGAAAAGUUUGCCGUCGCUUGAAGAUAGUUCAGCUGAUGAUGCAUUUGAGACAGCAAACUCGAGAACAGAUGAGUGCACAGCGAAGCCUAAUUCCUCCGUCUUUGCAAAUGAACCUCAGGCGUCGCCUCAAAAUUAUAGCAAUCAACUAGAUGCUAUUAAUAGAAGUGCAAGUGUGUCAGACGACUGCCAAGGGGAUGAGAAUGACAGCACUGUGGAGGCGAUGGGAGUUGGAGAGAGCAUCGACUUGCACUCCCUGAAGCUCCUUCACUCAAACAAGCCAACUGUCUCGACGACAACGACAGCAGCGCCAGCAGCCUCAAAAGAGAGGUCGAAGGAGUUGAUGAACUGGACAUAUGUACAGGAAUCAGCAGACGACAAAGGGGGGGAUGAAAGAAGAGUAGAGGGAGCGGAAGUUCAAACGGUAAUGACUGAAAUGGGGUUGGAAGAUGACUCAGAUAGACAGGAAUACGAGUUUGAGGUUGGUAGAGCAUCAGCCAUACCAAGUAACUUGCAGAGUAAUCGAGCACUGGCACACUCGAUGCCUUUGGGUGCCUCCACUCCUCACGGGGAACAGUCGAGAUCACCGCUAUCCGCUCGCAAAAGCUUCGCCAAUGCGUACGACAGGUCAAUCAGUAUGGAAAACACUCCUCCUCCCAACGUCAUGUCGGGCAGAGACACUUACUCAGUGAGACAUUCUCACAAUCCCCAUCAACAUAGACCAGCAUCUGAAUUGUUUAUAGACUCAAGUAUCCACUUUGAGAGUGAAAGACCUAGAAGUGAAGUUGUGGAGAGUGGCCUGGACAAUAGACCGAAGGGAUUCGGAAGUGCCUCCAAGAUAGUCAAAACUCCGCCUGAGAAAGAUAGGGGCAGGUAUGAACAGAAAUCGACACCCAGUUUACAAAAUGACCAAGAAGAAUUUCUGGCGGAUAAUUUUAAGUCUCUAAGAGCGGAAAUGGAAAUGAAAAGAAUGCAGAUUCAAAAGCAAAGAGCUCAUGAAGAUAAAGAAAGAUUGAAACAACGACAGAAGAUUUCAGAAGCAGCUUUCUUCAAAGCCAUUCAACCAAAAGCACAAUCUCACGGAUUCCCCAAAGUAAAUGCACAACAAAUGCAACAACAACAUCAGAAUGCACAGUACCUCAACUCAUUGUUGGCUCGAAACCCCUCGAUGAGUAACAUUUCAGUUCAGACUUCGAUUGAUGCUCCAGAGUCAACUUGCAGUAUGAUGUCGCCAGGCGGAAAAAGUGGGUUUGAGGAGUAUACUGGGGAUAGCUACAGACGGGAUGGGAGACAGUCGGAUAUUCACAGGACUGCUAGCUUGGAUUGGUCGAAGUCCGGUUUGUCAACGCCUUUGGACAACUCGGGCAACAAAAGUUACAGAGGGCCCCACAGCUUCCGUGGCUUCAACACAGGCAAAGCUGGAAGCACCUUUGACAUGGCAUCAGCUCCCAACAACAGGCUAAUGUCCGGUACAGGGGGAAGGGGAGGAGGAGGAGGGGUGGGUUUCAACAGUGCAAAUCCAAUGUACCCUGAUCAGCAAAUGGGAGCAGGAAUAGUUCCAGGUGUGAGUCAGGAGAAAGUGGAAAAGCAGAUUCUAAUAGAGCAGAAUUUGAAGUUGGCUCAGGAGUUGAAGUAUUUAAAGGCGCAAUAUGCAAACGAGAUGGGGUUCAAUCCCGAGUAUGGCGUGACGUCACAACAGCUCAUGUACCCACCACCUCAUAACACACAAGGUCACAACAGUUCAUUAAUGGCCAGCAGUGGAAACCAAAUGGGAAGUUGGGGGCAAAAACUGAACUCUAGCUUCAAUGCUAACUACCCUCUAGAUCAUAAUGCUUUCAUGGCUUCUUUGAAUCGAAGCAACACCUCUACUGGGCCCCAGCAGGGCUUCGGAUAUGCCCAGAAUAUGAAUAUGACUAACCCUGUGCAAGUGGGCAUGAACAACCCAAUGAUAGCACAAAAUAUGCCUCCGCAAUAUGUACAGCAGAACUUUGACAAUUCACAAAUGAAUUACAACCAUGGAAUGAUGACCAACUCAACAUUCUCCGGAGGCACUGUUCAACCGGGAUUAGGAGGCGGAUUAGGAGGAGGAGAAGGAGUGAUGCUUCAGUCAUCUCCGAUGGGAAGUCAGACGAUUCUCUCAGAUGAACCUCAAAAUACGCUUUCAAAUUCCAACUCAUUCCAGACUAUAGAGCCGCCAGCGAAUGAAGACGACAAUCAGAGUUACAUAGGGGCGAACCAAGAUGACGAUGCAUUUCAUCCAGACCAGGAGGAGAGUGAAUACUCACAUGGAAGACAGAGUCAUCAAGAGAAUAACAGAUUGAAUGCCAGAGUCAAUUCAUUCAGGAACGAAGCGGACACUCUCGAGGCACCGUAUGGAGUAGCAGAACUAGUGAAUGUCAAUAAUACAUGGGGGGACAGCAGACGCUACUCGGAGCGAGAAACAGCCUCGCCUGUGGCGGAGAGAAGACGAAGGAGGAGUUCCAGGAAUCAGCAGCAGACUGCCAGCAACCGUAAUUCGAAGAGAUACAGCACAGGUACAGAUAACAGUUUGGCUGGAGAUGAGAUGGACGACGAGGAGCGAGGAGUGGCGAGCUCCAGGGUACCUCCUAGUGGAGUGGCUCUCAUCAUUGGCGAGGAGGGAAAUGUGAUGAAGCCCAUCGACUAUGAGACCAAAAAGAAGUUGAUGCUGACGAAGCGUAUGGAGAAGUUGAGGGCAGACCAGAAGACACGAGAGGAGUCCAUGAAAUCCGAAAAGGAGAAGCUUAAAGAACAGCAGAGGAAGUUGCAGCUGGAGAUAGACAGUCACCGUCGACAGGAGAAACUAAAAGACAAGAUGAGUGCAGAAGUGGAUGAGAACAUAGAGGCCAUGAAGAACAGAAGCAGGCAGGACAAGCAGGAGUCCAACUGGAAGCCACCUGCAGCUGCCGCCACAACCAACACUCAUCCGAGGAGACCGAAGGCCAAAGUGGCUCCCAGAGUGAAGAAUUCAGCGUCUAGUCAAGGUCUCAAUUAUUUGAAUUCAUCGAAUGGAAUGUCGAACAGAAACCAUUCUGUGGCAGCUGAUGAGGCCAGAGGUGACAGAUCUCAUACGCCAGCUGCUCCUGCUGCAUCUACGUUGUCCGGAACACAAGCGGACACUCUCGAGGCACCGUAUGGAGUAGCAGAACUAGUGAAUGUCAAUAAUACAUGGGGGGACAGCAGACGCUACUCGGAGCGAGAAACAGCCUCGCCUGUGGCGGAGAGAAGACGAAGGAGGAGUUCCAGGAAUCAGCAGCAGACUGCCAGCAACCGUAAUUCGAAGAGAUACAGCACAGGUACAGAUAACAGUUUGGCUGGAGAUGAGAUGGACGACGAGGAGCGAGGAGUGGCGAGCUCCAGGGUACCUCCUAGUGGAGUGGCUCUCAUCAUUGGCGAGGAGGGAAAUGUGAUGAAGCCCAUCGACUAUGAGACCAAAAAGAAGUUGAUGCUGACGAAGCGUAUGGAGAAGUUGAGGGCAGACCAGAAGACACGAGAGGAGUCCAUGAAAUCCGAAAAGGAGAAGCUUAAAGAACAGCAGAGGAAGUUGCAGCUGGAGAUAGACAGUCACCGUCGACAGGAGAAACUAAAAGACAAGAUGAGUGCAGAAGUGGAUGAGAACAUAGAGGCCAUGAAGAACAGAAGCAGGCAGGACAAGCAGGAGUCCAACUGGAAGCCACCUGCAGCUGCCGCCACAACCAACACUCAUCCGAGGAGACCGAAGGCCAAAGUGGCUCCCAGAGUGAAGAAUUCAGCGUCUAGUCAAGGUCUCAAUUAUUUGAAUUCAUCGAAUGGAAUGUCGAACAGAAACCAUUCUGUGGCAGCUGAUGAGGCCAGAGGUGACAGAUCUCAUACGCCAGCUGCUCCUGCUGCAUCUACGUUGUCCGGAACACCUUUGAAACUCUACGUGAAGCCUCAGUCCAGAGGGAACAAGCAGAUCAUCAUCAAUGCCAUAAACCAAUGUGUGCUACCGGGUGCAGUCAACGCAGAUCUGAAGGGAAAAGUAAUCCACGAAAUCAACUCACUCGACGAGGAAACCAAAAACUUCCUGCUUCUGUUCAGAGACCACAAUAUGAAGUACAGGGCAAUGUAUUCUUACGAGCCAGACACUGGGUUGAUCUUGAAGAUACAGGGUACUGGACCGAACCAGAUUAAAGAUGACAUGAUUGCAGAGCUUUACAAAUACAAUUCGGGUUGCAAGUCGUUCUCCAGUAUUCCCUCUAAGACAAUGUCAGUGUCAGUGGACGGGUUCACCAUCCUCAACCACCUUUGGAAGCCCAUUAAACGCAUGUGACUCCACAACACAACACCCUUCCCUGUCUUCCAUCUCACUUCAUUGCAACUCAUGCCCUCACACAGUUACGAGAAGAGAACUCUGCACUAAAAAUAAACUGCCUGCUUAAGUGUCAAUGAACGAAUUGAACAAACUUUUUUGCUCCUUUUUUUCUUAUAGUUUGUCCAUGUUCAUUU